AUGCAAGGUGUCUAUGUGGGACUGCUGCUUUUUAGUGUGACCUGGGCAGCAUCAACGUUUCCACUACAGACUGUGAAACCUCGGCAAGGCUGUGUGGAAGAACACAGGAGAACAUACAAAGGCCACCAUGAAAAAUAUGGGUAUUAUAUUUUUAAGGAUGUUAAUACAUCAUCUGGGAAGGAAAAUCAAACCAACAGAAAGCAGGAAGAAAAAAGCAAAGACAACAUUGCUCUUCAUCAUUUUAAAAAGAGAAGAAAUCAAGAACCAUCAUCUAAUGAAAUCAUUAUCCAAGAAAGAGAGAAAGAUGUGUCCUUUUUUGAAGCCAAUGGAAAUAACCAAAGUAAUAAAUCCACAACUCCUUCUGCAAAUAGACAGAAUGAAGGCUAUAGUAUUCAUAACACAGGAAAAGCUCGAGAUGGCCUAAUGAUGUCCAUGUUUCCUGAAUCCACUGGGAAUAAAGGGGUUGAGGAUGGAGAUGAUGACAUCAGCAACCUGCACGACCAAGAAGAAUAUGGUGUGGCUCUCAUCAGAAGUAAUAUGCCACAUGGGGUGAGGCCAGCGACUGUGACUGUGACUGAGCUGUGGGGAGAAGAAAACAAAGAGCACAAACCCAGGAAUGUUCUAAGCAAAAUUCCAUCAAGUGUCAACUAUGCCAAAGCCCACUCAGAAGAUAAAAGGAAUCAUCAAAGAGAUCCCCAAGCCCAGAAGAGCCCAGUAAAAAGCAAAUAUGCUCGUCACAUCCACAUCCGACGCAACACUCAGUACCUGAAACAGCUCUCCCGAGCCAGGAAAAUCCCCAGUGAUUUCGAAGGCAGUGGUUACACAGAUCUUCAGGAGAGAGGGGACAAUGAUAUCUUUCCUUUCAGUGGGGACGGUCAACCUUCUAAAGGCAUUCCUAGCAAAGGAGGAGCUCUCAGUCCUGACCCAGAAAGUACAGGUGUUCAAACAGGACUUCCAGGCCCACAUGAAGCUGCGACUAUUAACCCUGACACAAGGGGGCCAGAUUAUAAUGAGAUCCCAGAGAGAGAAGAAAGUGAUGGCAACGCCAUUGGAGACAAGCGUCAAACAGGGAAAGGGGCAGGGACUGCUGACGUCAGCCUGGUGGAGGGCAGCAACGACAUCACGGGCACCACCAAUUUUAAGGAACUCCCUGGAAAGGAAGGGAACAGAGUGGAUGCUGGCAGCCAAAAUGCUCACCAGGGGAAGGUAGAAUUCCAUUAUCCUCAUGUGCCCUCCAAAGAGAGACCAAAAGAAGGCAGCAGCGAUACAAUGCAAAGUGCCAAUUACAACGAAAUACCAAAAAAUGGCAGAGGUAGCAGUAGAAAAGGUACAGAGCUAUCUAACAGGAACCGAGUGACCGCAAAUGGGAAACAAAGAUUUUCUAGUCAGGGCAAAGGUCAGGGUCUGCUUGUUCCUUCUCAGGGUCUUGAUAAUGAUAUCAAAAAUGAAGUAGGUCCCCAUAAUGGCCCUGGUAAUGAAGGGAAUACAAUAACGCAGAGCAGAAAAGGCCAUUAUGUACCCCAUGGACGAAAUAAUUCUACAUGGAAUAAGAGUGUGUCACAAAGGAAAGGCUCCUGGUAUUACAGAAAACCCCAUUCCAGUAGGAACUUUAGCCCCCCUAGAAGGGACGACAGUAGUGAAUCUGACAGUGGCAGUUCAAGUGAGAGUGACGGUGACUAGUUAUAGAAGUCCCAGCAGAACCAUUGGUAUAUCUAGUCAUCUGCCAGUUGGAGGUAGAGAAGCCGGGACAGCAGACCAGAGGGAGAGAGGACAGAAGUGGAAAUGA